GGGUGUGAGUGUUGUGAGGCUUUCAUGACUGAACACUGUGAAUUUACUCGAGAUCUGCUGGUCGCCUGCGAGUAUCUGCAGUAAACACGAGUAUUGAUCACUUGAGAGUAGCGAUGGGCUUCCGAAAGAAGAGCAAGAGUCCUCCGGUGCUCAGCCACGAGUUUGUCAUCCAGAAUCACGCGGAUAUGGUGUCGUGUGUGGCCAUGAUCAUCCUGCUGGGACUUAUGUUUGAGGUGACUGCAAAGUUUGCGAUAAUGUUCAUCACUGUCCAGUACAAUGUUACUCUAAAUCUGGAUGCCGAGGACAAGACAGAACCAGUGAAUAACUACAAGUACGGUCCCAAAGACAUUGCUACUGUGUUCUUUUACCUGCUCAUCGCUAUAAUUCUUCAUGCCCUGAUUCAAGAGUACAUACUUGAUAAAAUCAAUCGUCGACUACACUUGUCCAAAACAAAGCACAGUAAGUUUAAUGAGUCAGGACAGCUGGCUGCCUUCUACUUGUUCUCCUUCAUCUGGGGCUGCAGCAUCCUCACCAAUGAGGAAUUUGUGACAAAUCCGACAUUUCUUUGGGAAGGCUAUCCUCAUACCCACAUGGCUUUCCAGGUGAAGUUUUUCUAUAUCUGUCAGAUUGCUUACUGGUUCCAUGCUCUUCCUGAACUUUAUUUUCAGAAAGUACGAAAGGAAGAUAUUCCACGUCAACUGUACUACAUUUGCCUUUAUACCUUUCACAUCGCUGGUGCAUACGUUCUCAAUCUCCACCGUCUGGGUCUAGUCCUUCUGGUGCCACAUUACCUAGUGGAGCUGCUGUUUCACGCCUCACGACUCUUCUACUUCAGUGAUGAAAACAAGCAGAAGGGGUUCACGCUGUGGGCUCUUCUGUUUGUCAUCACUCGUCUCCUGACACUCACCAUCUCUGUUCUGACGUUCGGUUUCGGCCUGUCCCGCACAGAUAAUCAAGGAUUCUCCUUAGCUGAAGGAAACUUUAACGUGCUUACCUUCAGGAUGACUUGUCUAUCAGCUAUCUGCCUGACCCAGGCCUGGAUGAUGUGGAAAUUCAUCAACUUCCAGCUGAAGAAGUGGAGAGAACAAACUCAAAUCCAGGCCAGCAAGAAGAAAGCCAUCAGCCCAAAAAGCAGACCCAGCAAGAAGGACUCUCGGGGGGGCUCAGUCAAUGGAGUCAUGAAACCAGAUGACAAGACAUCACCAAGAGCAAGAAAAUCAAAAGCACCAUAAAAGCAAAGAGACAGCAGGUGCCCAAAAUGUAAUACUCUGUUUCAGCUCUGAACUUAAUGAAACCGAUCCACAGAUACAAAAAAAUUAAAGAUCUUUGUUGUACGGGAUGGUUCAACUUUUCAUUUUCUAUUUUCUUUUUUUUUAUUUACAUUUUAUUUUUCCGAUUUGUAUUUUAAAAUAACACUAUAGAUAUAUGUUCAACCUGUCCAUUUGCUCUUGGCCUUCUAAUAAGAAUGAGGAGUUUUCAGAAUCUUUUAUGAUUUGCAGCGAAUGCUUCAAAGAAAUCAUUGCUCUAAAGUGAAUGUUGCACUGCAUUUUAUGAUAGAUACAUGGGCAUCCCGCAAUCACUCAUUGAGUGAAAAAUGAAACAUUUAUCCCCUGAAGACUUGGCCCUUAUGCUUAUUACACCCCAUCCGGCAUUUUUACCAUGCUUCGUAUGAAACACUUAGUGUGGAUGGAAGCAUUGGAAAAGUGUCCUUUUUAAUUGAUAACCUUUUGGCCCUCAGUCCUUUAAACUACUAUGAAGUUCUGUGAGAACUAUUACAUCAACACAAGAAGCUGAAGUGGCGAAAGGCAGCUAGAAACUGCUAUACAUAUUGUUUUUAUGUAUCUUUUGAAUUACCUCAGCGGUGUAAUUUUACUUUAAGAAAUUGAGAGUUAGAACAAAGAUUUUAAGGUAUGGUUUUGUUUGAAUCAAGGAUAAUUUUUUGCCGGCAUAUUUUUUUAGUGACUGGUCGUGAUAGAGCUAAAUGGACGAGGACGCCCACUACAGGAUUGGAUUAUGCCUGGAUUGUGUUUGGAUUAACAAUUUAAUUUAGUGUCUUGUUUUUGUGUUUAAUUGCAUUUGAAGGAGCAUCUUUAUUCAACUGUAGUGAUAAUGGUCUAUGUAGAGGUGAAGGGUCUUAUUUCAAUGUUUGCCUUCUAAUGCUGUUUGAGGAGCAUUUUUGGCAGCAUAGUUUUUAUCGACAAUGAAAAAGGUAGUGCUAAUUUCAUAAAGACCGGUUUGGAUGAUGCUGACAACUUGAUUUAUGUCUUUUAUUUGGUGUUCGAUUGCAUCUUAAUGCUGCUUGAGGCAAAUCUUUUUAUGUGAUUGUGGUGACAAUGGUCUAAGAUUUUGCUGGUUGUGUGGGCUCCCCCUGCAGGAUUGGAUGAAGCAGAGAUGAUUUUAGGGUCUCAUUUUAUGGUUGUUUGAGGAUAAUCUUUUGGCGUCCUAGUUUACCGACAGUUGUUACUGUCAAGCUAAUUGGGCAAGUGCUCCCUCUUCAGGUUUGGAUGACGCCGAUAACUUGAUUUUAGGUUCUUGUUUUGGUGUUCGAUUGCGUUUGAAUGCUGUUUGAGGAGAAUCUUUUGGCAAAAUCAUUUUUUAUCCCCAUGCAUGCUUGAAUGACAACUGAAUUUUGGACAACUUAAUUUAGGGUCGUCAUUUAGAUGUUUGCAUUUGAGGAAAAUAUUUUCUUUAGCAACAGUGAUCACAGUAGAUUUGGUUGUAUAAGGGCUCCCCCUGCAGGCCUGGAUGGUGCUAUCCAUGAUGAAUUUCUUAAAGUCUGAUUUGCCUUUUUUCGCAUUUUUACUCCCAAAAGGAUUCACGUGCUAACAGAGGACCAUUAAACAGCCUAAGUGGCCAAGUUUGGUGCUUAUGUUUUUAUUGAUAUAAUCCAUAAGCAUUGAUGGUGAUAUCACUGUUCGUUUCAGUUGUAAAUCUGUGAUGAGCACUGGAGCUAAUUAUUGUGUACUGGUACACAAUUGUAUCUUUCAUGCAAAAGAAGCCUGCAUUUUAGUCACACACAAAAAAAACUUUAAGAAGAAGAGAAAACUUUCAAACUAGCAAAAAAUCUGCAGAAGUUUUCAACUGAGGAGAGCAAUAGUGUGCAUUUAUAUGGAGUGUUUGCUGUUUCUGACAGUUAUAGAGAUGUUUAGGAAACUCUGAAAAGCUGUUCCUAUGUGGAAAAAUAAUGGAACAAGCUGUUUUUACUACACAUUCUUUCUUUGUUUGCUCUUGGUUAUGUAUCAUCUAUACUUCUGAUGUCCAUGCCUGUCUGUGUCUGUCAGCAUGGAUGGGCCGCUGCAGUGUAUGCAGUUUACAUGAAACCAGUCAAAUUGUUCAAGUGUUCUUAGACUGCAGCUUCUACUGUUUUCAUUUUAUCUCAGUUAAAGCACUGUUGAUUUCUUUCUGUCUCUGUUACAAGUUUAUUCACCUGUGAAUGAUGAGAGAUUCAUUUUUAUAUUCCUUUUGCCUUGUUGAAUUGCCCGUGUACAUGUGUGCUUGUUGCAAUCUGUGAAGGAAUCCUUUCACUGUAUGGUUUGUUGCAUAAUAGCAGAAAUAAAACCAUAGGCAUGGAGUCCAUUUAAAAUGUUCAGGUUUUAAGUUUCAUUUGUCAGCAAGACCAAAACUGCCAAUUUCUAUCAUUUCGUAAAGCCUGUCUUUUAUGGUUCGUAUCAGUUGCCAAAUUGUAUGAAAGAGACUUGUUGCUCUCUCCCAGUGCUUUUGGUAUUGCCUGUAUAUAAUAGAUGUUGUACUCUAUUAUCGGUACAGUUUCAGGGUCCAGUGCCUAAAUCUGAUUGCAGUGCUGGGUAAAUCCAAAUUAAUUGUUUGCUUAUGUUCUGUACAUUUGGAACAACAAGAAGAACCCCAAUUUGAAGCAGAGUCGUUUUGGAGCAAAGUUUUCAGUUUUAAUAGUAACUGAAAUAAUGUAAUGCUCCAACUCACAAAAACAUGUCUAGGACAUAUUUUAGGUCACACAAGAAAUCAAAAGAAAAAUUAAAGAAUAUUUAAAAAAAAAUUUAGAUAGUUGUUUACAGUAUUAAAUAAAAAAUACAUUAAUGCAAUGAUUUAUUGAUAAUUAUUAUUUAAAUAAGCAUGAAUUUGAAGGCAGUGCUUAAAUAUUUUCAUAAUAUUUUCCCACUGCGGUAAUGAGAUUUUUAUUUAAAAAACAUUCUCACAAUAAUUUAACGUAUUACAGAAAAAAUACUAUAAUGCUAUGUUUUAUUUAGAUAAGCAUAAAUUCAAAGGCAGUACAACAAGUACUUCCGUUAUAUACAAAUACUUGGAUAAUGAAAUAUAUUUCUACAAAUUUGCGCUAAAGGUGUUUUUUUGUUUGUUUUUUGUUUUUUUCCAAACAUUAGAUUCUCAUUACAGUCAUACAUUUUCAUGAAAAAUGUCACACUGCAAAAAUUCUUAAUUGCUUCUUUGUUAUUUGUUUACUUGAAAUAUGGCCUGGAAAUGUUUGUGGCAGGUUUUGUGAGAUUCACCCUCUUGGUCGCUCUCAAUUCAGGGUUUUAAAAGUAUCUGUAGCUAAUUGCUGUUUAGUGAUGGAAGUACAUGAAAUGUUUUGAAAUUAUGAAAAUGACUCCAUAUGCCCUUACGGAUACAUCUUCCAUUUUAAAUGUAUUUUAAAACGUAAUGCUUUGGUUUUAUUGCAAAGCUGAUUCCUGAGAUUCAAGUUGGUGCUGGUUCUUCUGCCAAAUGUUUGCCAUUUGAAUGAACAACUCUCUCCCUCAGCUAAUAGUAAAAUCGUCCAUGUUUACGUAGAGAUGACAUUCUUUUUUUUUUCCUCAAAUGAAUGGUUUUAUCAAACUGGAACAAACUAGAGUUAAUGUUCAUUCCUGCCACACUUGGCUCAGGAUUUUUUUUCAAUGAAACAUUUACAGAAGAAUCUUAUUAUGAAUCUUAUAUGAAGUUCGGCAAACUAAAGACAAAAAGAAAAUGUUUAGAUAGGUUAUAUGAGUAAUUCACUACUGAAUAUGAGAUUUUUUUAACUAUUUUUAUAGUGUUGGAAAAACUGUUAAAAGAUUAACAUUAUUUAGACCAUAUAAAUAUUUUCCUGCUAUUAUUGGUUUAUUAUUUUUAUACUGUGUGGGGGAAACUUUCUACCAUGUUGUGUGUUGUUAAGUGGGACUAUAAAUUAUUAAAUGAUCAGCACCAUUAAAAAAAAAAAAAAAAGCUUGUGGGAUACAUCUUCAAUUUGUAGUGGUGUAUUAUUUAAUUCUGGUGAAAGAGUAAUUUAAACUUAAAUCUGGAUUAUUAGUCUUUGUUUUCAUUUUUAGGUAUGGAACCUUGAAGUAUAAAAAAGUGAAAAUGAAAACCUUUUUACACCUUCCCAUUUGUUUCCUCUUUAAAGACACUCAAACGUGUGUGUGUGUGUGUGUGUGUGUGUGUGUGUGUGUGUGAAUAUAUAAAAUACUUUGUUAAAUUCACUAACUACAUCAGUUUUUACAAUGAUAUUUGGAGUCUGAUCAGCAUUUACAUUCAGAUAUUUGUGAAAUUAAAAGAUUCAACAAAGCCUUCUCAAAUAUCAGAACUGAUACACAAAACAAAUUAAAUUAUUUUCCACCAUUCUUUUGUAUUGUACAUGUAUGCUUACCUUUUGUUCAGAUGUUUUUUAUAUACAAUGUUAAUAUAUUUAUUUAUGCAAGUCUGUGUAAUGCUUUUUGUAUGUUUGUCCUUUUAAUUAAACCUUUUUCU